AUAUCCUAUCUCGUAUUCAGUGAGAGACUAUAAAUUCAAGAAAUCUCGGAAAAUAGUCCAUUUCGAGGUUUGCCAAGGAUCCACUCAAAGAGUUAUGAUAAUAAUGAAUGUUUGCCGAUUCCCAUGGAAGAACCCAAAAUCUCUCUUGGUGUUGGCUCUCGUACUGCUUUUAGCGAUAGUGAUAUGUUCGACUUACGUCAAGUCUCCUGAGGGGUGGCGAGAGAGUACAAUGUCCCGCAAUUUAGUCUUUGUGUAUGGCUCCCUCAAGCAAACCCAGCCUAAUCAUCACUGGCUGACGGACAAGGCAAACGGAGAGGGUCAUUUACGAGGACUUGCCACAACUGAGGAGAAGUUUCCUCUUGUUGUCGCUUCUCGAUACAAUAUUCCCUAUGUACUCGCAUCCCCUGGGACUGGAAAGCAAAUUGAGGGUGAGGUAUAUGAAGUUGACGAGCAAAUGUUGUCCAGGCUUGAUAUUUUGGAAGCACAUCCCAAGUAUUAUGAGAGAAAGAUGGUAAAAGCCAGGAUGCAGGAAUCUAAGGAGGCAAUUGAUUGUUGGAUAUAUCUGCUGCACCACUUCAGGCCAGAAUUAUUAGAGCUGCCUCACCUAUCCACCUAUUUCUCGAAGGGAGACUUUGUGCCAAGAGAUAUGCGUGAUAUCAAAGGUCCUGAAUACUGGAGUGAUGUAAAACUUCCAGAGGGUUUGUGAGCAAAGAAUAUUCCAUAGAUUCAGUCAUGUUGGAUAGAAAUAUCACGGAAGUUCCUAUCAUAAUUCCAUUUAUUGUUUUAUUCAUUCAGGGAUACUUAUGAAUUUGUGUAAAGUGUUAUUACAAGGUGAUAUAGCAGGUUCAUUUGAAGACUAGCCAUUCCUUUGAAGUGCAAUGAUUUUCUUUAACAAGUCUCUUUGUAUACUUUACAAAUGUUGAAAUACUUAACCUUGAACUCCAUAAAGAAAGCUGUUUUGUGAUUUCUCUUUGAUAUUGUCAAGAAUUUCGAAGUACAGAUUUUAUUGAUUUGAGGAGAUGGAGAAAGUAAAACAAUAUUGUUUUGUACUAAUCAGCAUUUUAUGUUAUUAGUUCAUAAUACUGAUGUACUGUACAAUGCUCACUUUGGUUGCUAGAUUUUGUUAUGUAUUAUGGUUGUGUAUUACAAUCUAAAU